GGACACGGGAGAGGCAAAAGAAUUUGGGGCGGUAGAAGAAGUAAUAAUAAGCCGGGCACUGGACUCUGUAAGCUGGAGACAAAGAGAGAGGACCACUUGUCUGCAGUUCAAUUAGUCUCUCUGAGCUUGAUGCGUUGCAACCACACAGGCGGGAUGCCUCGAGGAGACUUCAACAUUUACUUUGCCAGCAGUCGACGUGGACUUAUCAGAGCCGAGGAGGCAGUGGGCGUUGCUCUGCUGGUGAUCAUCCUGGCUGCUCUCAUCCUCCUGGGCUGCUGGUACUUUAAGAGGAGGGGUGGCUACAAGAAAAUCAAGAGUGCCAGGUCGGGGUCGCCGGGUUUCACAGGAGGUCAGUACUUGGAGGAAGGACCCUCUGCGGAAAACAAGAUGGCGCUCACCGACUUCAGCAGCCUGCGGUCUGUGAUGCCAAACGCUCCUCCCGCCUAUGAAAAGAUCUCCUCUGGCCCGAUGCCUCCUCCCUAUUCACCAUGAAAGGACACCCAAAAGAAGAGGGGCAACAUUGCAUGUUGCUUGAUGAUUAAACUUGUAUGUCUAAACUGCACAUAUGGUCUCAAAAAAAGGAUUAAAACACUACAACAAGGA